AUGGCUCAAGAAGAGGCACAGAAAUCAGCUGAUGUUGUUGUUGUCGCCGCCACGGAUAAGGAGGUGACUGUUCCUGCUCCGGUGCCGGAGAAGGAAGUGACUGCUUCUGAUUCGGUUGCUUCUAAGGAAGAGAAAGCGGUGCCGGAGAAGGAGGAGGAACAGAAGGUGACUCCGGCAACAGAGACGGAUGCGGAGGAGAAAUCUGUUCCGGUGAAGGAAGAGGAAGAGAAAGUUGUAGCUGAGAAGGUGAUUGUUUUAUCACCUGAGGAGAUUCAGAAGAAGGCGCUUGAUGAGUUUAAAGAUCUCGUGAGGGAAGCUUUGAACAAACGUGAAUUCACUGCUCCGCCGGCUCCGGUGAAGGAGGAGAAAGCCGAGGAGAAGAAAUCUGCGGCAGAGGAAACUAAAGCAGAAGAAGAAAAAACAGAGGAAAAGAAAACAGAGGAACCUAAAGCAGAGGAGAAAACAGAGGAGAAGAAGGAGGAAGAGAAACCGGCGGUUCUAGCACCGGAAGAAGCCAAGACGGAGGAGAAAUCAUCAUCCACGGUGGUGGCUCCGGAAGAGACUAAAUCAGAGGAGAAAGAAGCGGUGCCGAUCACCGAGAAAGCCUCCACUGCUGAAGAAGAUGGAACCAAGACCGUGGAAGCAAUCGAAGAGUCGAUCGUUUCAGUCUCUCCACCGGAAUCCGCCGUCACGCCGGAGACCACCGUCGUCGCCGAGGCUGAGCCAGUGGAGCCAGAAGAAGUCUCGAUCUUCGGAGUUCCUCUGCUCCAAGACGAGAGAUCCGACGUGAUCCUCUUGAAAUUCCUCCGUGCACGAGACUUCAAGGUGAAAGAAGCCUUGACGAUGCUCAAAAACACAGUACAGUGGCGCAAGGAAAACAAAAUCGACGAACUCGUCGAAGCCGAGACCGGAGAAGAAGCGAGCGAGUUCGAGAAGAUGGUGUUCGCUCACGGUGUCGACAAGGAAGGUCACGUGGUGAUCUACAGCUCAUACGGCGAGUUUCAGAACAAAGAGCUAUUCUCCGACAAAGAGAAGCUUAACAAGUUCCUUAAUUGGAGGAUUCAGCUACAAGAAAAGUGUGUGAGAGCUCUUGAUUUCAGCAGCCCUGAUGCGAAAUCUUCGUUCGUGUUCGUUAGCGAUUUCAGGAACGCUCCGGGACUCGGAAAGAGAGCCUUGUGGCAAUUCAUUAGACGCGCGGUCAAGCAAUUCGAGGACAACUAUCCCGAAUUCGCCACUAGAGAGCUGUUCAUCAAUGUCCCAUGGUGGUACAUUCCUUAUUACAAAACAUUCGGAUCAAUCAUCACAUCACCAAGGACUAGGAGCAAGAUGGUCCUUGCUGGUCCAUCCAAAUCUGCCGAUACAAUUUUCAAAUACAUAGCUCCUGAACAAGUUCCGGUUAAAUACGGUGGACUUAGCAAAGAUACUCCUUUAGCCACUAACACCGUAACCGAAGCCAUCGCUUGCACGCUUUCAUGGGAGCUUAGGGUUUUGGGUGCUGAUGUGAGCUAUGGAGCUCAGUUUGAGCCGACCACUGAGGGAAGCUAUGCUGUGAUUGUCUCUAAAAACCGGAAGAUUGGGUUAACCGACGAACCGGUUAUAGCCGAUUCUUUUAAGGUGGGUGAACCGGGAAAAAUUGUGAUCACAAUUGAUAACCAAACUUCCAAGAAGAAGAAAGUUCUCUACAGGUUCAAAACUCAACCAAGGUCUGAUCUUUGA